AUGUCGACAAACACAAUACACAAUAAUAAUGCUAAUGCUAAUGCUAAUGCCAAUGCUAAUGCUAAUACCAAUGCUACUACUAAUACUAAUACAAAUUUAAGACCGUUUCCCUCACAUACAAGCGAUUGUUCGUCAAUGGAACCUGUUAAAGAUCAUAGAAGAAGAAGAUCCAGCAGUAUAAUAUCACAUGUAGAACAAGAAACAUUUGAGGAUGAAAAUGAUCAACAUAGUUCACUAAAUAUGAAUGUAAUGUGGGUUGAUCAAAGGGGUGCUUGGAUGGUACAUUUUUUCAUUCUAUUUUUUUUAAAAGUGUUCUACAAUUUGAUGCCUGGUAUUACAAACGAAUGGUCUUGGACGUUGACUAAUAUUACUUAUUGUGUUGGUUCAUAUAUUAUGUUUCAUCUAAUCAAAGGUACUCCAUUUGAUUUUAACGGUGGCUGCUUUGACAAUUUAACUAUGUGGGAACAAAUAAAUGAUGGUGUUCAAUAUACGCCUUCCAGAAAAUUUUUAAUAUUUGUUCCUAUUGCCUUAUUUUUAAUUAGUACACAUUACUCUCACUAUGAUUUACAUUUAUUUUUAUUAAAUUUAUUUAUUACAACUUUUGUUGCUGUUGUACCCAAAUUACCAUGGACUCAUAGAUUAAGAAUUUUUAUUCCAUUUAUUACAUCUCCAGCACAAAUAAGUUAA